CCAUUCCCAUAUAAAAGAAAGAAACGCAGAGUUUAGCCUCCUCUCUCUGCGUCCAAAUUCGAAGGAGCUUUUUGGUUCUUUGAAUUAAUUUUGCUCAAAACAAGGACACAAAAAGAAAAAGAAAAAUAACAAUAAUAAAAGAAAAUGCCGGGGCUAACCUGUAACGCUUGCAACAAAGAGUUCAAGGAUGAUUCGGAGCAAAAGCUCCAUUACAAGUCCGAAUGGCACCGUUACAAUCUCAAGCGCAAGGUAGCUGGGGUACCUGGAGUUACAGAAGCAUUAUUUCUAGCUAGACAAUCUGCCCUUGCUCAGGAUAAAAAUAAGAUUAGUGAAACUCCCAUGCUUUACAGCUGUGGUCUUUGUGGGAAAGGAUAUAGAAGUUCCAAGGCCCAUGCUGAGCAUCUCAAGUCUCGUAGUCACAUUAUUAGGGCUUCUCAAGGCACAGAUCGUCAGGAGGAUGAGAAAGCAAUAAUUAAGCCACUUCCACGACGUCAUGUGAAUAGGGUUCCCCCACAAAGAGAGGCUGAUAAUGAAGAAAGUGAAGAAAGUGAAGAUGAGUGGGAGGAGGUAGAUCCUGAAGAAGAAUUAGUUAGUGAGGCAACACAGUCCUUGACCAAUUUAGAUGUGGAUGGGCAUGCUUCUAAUGAUGACAUGGAUGACGACGACGAUGACGACUAUGAGGAGUUGGAUCCUUCCUGCUGCUUUAUGUGUGAUCUAGACCAUGAUAGCAUUGAGAGCUGCAUGGUUCACAUGCAUAAGCAGCAUGGUUUUUUCAUUCCUGAUGUGGAGUAUUUGAAAGAUCCAAAAGGCCUUCUUACUUUUCUUGGCCUUAAGGUUAAAAGGGAUUUCAUGUGUCUGUACUGCAACUAUAGGUGUCACCCCUUUAGCAGCUUGGAGGCAGUUAGGAAACAUAUGGUGGCAAAAAGCCAUUGUAAAGUACACUAUGGUGAUGGUGACGAUGAUGAGGAAGCAGAAUUGGAAGAAUUUUAUGAUUAUAGCAGCAGUUAUGUGGAUGAGGAUGGUAAACAAUUAGUGGUAUCAGGUGAUAUGACUGGUGCUGUUGAACUUGGUAGUGGUGGGUCUGAGCUCAUAAUCACUACAAGAUCUAAUAAUGGAAUAUCAACCAAAAUGCUUGGUUCCCGGGAAUUCUUGCGUUAUUACCGGCAGAAACCGCGGCCAUCACCCAUGAAUAAUGGAGCCAUUACAGCUGCAUUGGCUUCGAGGUACAGGAGCAUGGGGUUGGCAACUGUUGAGUCGAGGGAGCGGAUGGUAAGGAUGAAAGUGAUCAAGGAAAUGAAUAGAACAGGGGUUGAGGCCAUGCGCUCCAAGAUAGGAAUGAAGAGCAAUGUCAUCAGGAAUCUACCCAAGAAUGUCCCAUAUUAGUUCUCCAUAUUAGUAUAUGAGAGGGAAGUGAUUUUCUGAAAUUUUAGUUUUAUGUUUCACCGGGGUGGUUUCUAGCAUCAUUAGCAUCCUAUAGAUAAUUUGCAAAUGCUUUUGGUGUGAGACGGGACUCAUCUCUAGCUAUCCUUUGUAACUUUGUUAAAUUCCUACUUUACCCUGGAACUGAGGCUAUGUAUUUCUACAUUAUAAUAUUUUGAAGCGGCUUACAAUCUAAA